CCACCCCACACACACUGUGAAGCCCUCAGUUUUGUCAAUACUUUAACGCCCCUCGUGUGUCUCUCUCAUGCAACAUAAAGCUGAUGAUGAAAAGAAAGAAAGGAAAUUAUAUAUACAUUUCUGUUAAUGCUGUGGGCUGCUGACACCGUGAACUGGAGCCAGGGCUCAACGUGUACUGGAUUAUAGGACAAGUCAAAACACGCCAGGUGUGGGGAUCAAGAAUGUCAACCUGAACUGCAGGAGCUCCAGUGAUUGGCGGAGAGCGCUGUCAGUCAUCCAAGGGCGACGGGCUCACCCAUCGGGCGCAUCGCCGCAAGGAAGCCGUCGGGUUUCGAUGCAAAUAGGAACCGGGCGGCUCCGGAUCUCUGUUUCAUUUACUAAAGCGCGGACAAACACGGAAGAUUCAGCGACGGUUAGUUUGAGACGAUAAAAGUCCUGGCCAUGGAGGAGAGGAUUUCUCUCUUGACGCUGCUGUGUCUGGCUGUAACACUGUUGUCAGGUGUUGGUGCCAUCGAUGUGAACAUCGCGAAAGAUGUGUACGAGGUUGCCAGGGGUGACAACAUCGUGCUGCCCUGCAUCUUUAAACCCAAAACCACUCCCAAACUAGUUAUCAUCUCAUGGUCUGUUGAGGCUCCACAAGCUAAUGCUCAAGAGAUGCUGAUCCUGACUUAUUACUCUUCUGGUGCAAUUACUGACAUCAAAUCGGCAUACGAAGGUCGGGUGUCCCUGGAUGUGGACAUUGCCCAGGGAAAGGCUGACCUUAAACUGUCCUCCGUCUCGCUAGCAGACAACAAGGUGUUCGAGUGUCGUGUCCAGAUCCCGGGUGACGAUGAGGGCAAGACGGCCGACACGGCACGUUUGGUGGUUCUCGUUGCUCCUUCUACACCAAUUUGUAAGAUUCAGGGAAAAGCAGAGUACGGCCAGAACAUCAACCUGACCUGUGUGUCUGAGGAGGGCUCCCCGCCACCCACUUAUAAGUGGCAAAGUCGAGAUGUCAAGAACCUGCCUCGGAUUCCAGAUCGCAGAACGACCGACAAGGGAGGCAUCCUGUCUCUUUUCAACAUCUCCAAAGACACAUCAGGAUACUACGUGUGCACCUCAGAAAACAAGAUCCGCUCUGCUACCUGCAACAUCACCCUCUCAGUCAUGCCACCUUCCAUGAACAUUGGCUCCACUGCAGGGAUCAUUGGUGGAGUGGUCGCCGCGUUGAUCAUACUCGUCAUCGUCAUCUACUGCUGCUGCUGCAGGAAGAAGAAGAAAGAGGAGGAAUACGCCAUGGGAGUUCAUGAGGAGGAGUACCGCGACAAAGAGAUGGCUCGAAAUAGCGAGAGUCGCCGUGCCGAUGGUCAAGAGGACACACAAGGUUACGAUGACUCCAGUAUGAAGAACCCUACUGUACGCAGCGAGCGCUACGAGGAACGGAGUGAGCGUGACUACGACCACCGCAGGGAUUACGAUGACCGCCGCAGCGAUUACAAUGACCGGCGCAGCGACUACGAUGACCGCCGCAGCGACUACGAUGACCGCCGCAGUGACUACGAUGACCGCCGCAGCGACUACGACGACCGGCGUGACAGGUACAGUGACCGCAAUGAGCGCUACGACGAUCGCUAUGAUGAGCCCUAUGAUGAUCGCGAACGUGCGCCUGCCAGUAAGCCCCGGAGGAGGGACUACGACGACUGAAGCCUCCAAUCUGUAUCAACCAUUAUCUUCCAUGUUCUGUUUUACCUCUAGCAACUUCAGCCCAAUUGUCCAGUUUUUUUUUUCCUGUGUAACUUGUAUUCGAGUUGUUUGAGGGAGGACUGAUUGAGUAAGGGCAGAGAAAUGUCAGUAAGUGGGGGGGGUCAAACUUUACAAACUCUUCGGCUCAGGUGUAAACGUUGCCCAGGGCACGAUCCGUACCUUUGUUGUGUACCAAAAGCCGCAUCAUACAAAUACUCGAAACUGGACAAACAUUUUACAGAUCCCCCAGAAAAAGGUUUUAGAGAGCUAUGUUAUACAGAAAUUAGUUGGAAUUUUAGUUUUAAAUUUAAUAUGCUGGCAUUGUUACAGAAGAAUGCAAGGCCUUUGUGUGCGUGUAUGUGUGUCGAUGUGAGAUUAUUCUGCACUUGGGUGAAAGUGGUGGUAGUUUCUUUUCUUUUUUUCUCUUGGGAAGUUAACAGAGCAAAGAAAAGGGCUUCAGUUUUGUGUAAUUCUUAUGCUUUAUAGAAUUGUGAGUAUGUAUGUCCUUGUAUACACUGAACCAGUUUUAAUGUCCUCUCCCUUUUCUUUUUUUAACAUAUGAUUGCAGAAACAAGUGAUGCAACCUCCUCUGAUUGUUUGCAUUGAUAAUGUCACUGCAGAACUCUCAGGGGUUUUUUCCAUCUUAGAUGAAAAUUCUGAUCUUAACUCAUCCAAACUUUGAACACACACAGUAGAUGAGCUCCUUUCGCCAUGCCGCCUUAAAAUGUUUUUAUUACGUUGAAUUAUUUUAUAGCGAUUUCUGCUGAAAUGCAAUGAAAUAUGACACUGAACAUAUGUUAUUAUUUUCGUCAGCAAUUGUAAUGUUAUCAGUUUUAUAUUAGGAUUUAUCAGUGUUCUGUUAUUGUGAAUCAAUGUCAAAUGCAUGACAUUCAAGAAAUAUGCUGUAAAAUACAAAGAUGAUGAAAUAAAUUCUUUUAUUUGCA